AUGUCAGAAAUCUUGAAGUUGGAAGCACGUGCAAACCCUGUGGUGGACACGACGAUGGCGGAUUUCUAUGACACUUGUACUGCGAUUCUCGACCGUGCGAAGGAGAAGGGACUUGACCCCGAGGGAGUGACACCCUCGGUGCUGUCAGCGAUCACUCAUGUACCUAUAAAUAGACUCAUCUACAGUCGCAUGUAUUAA